AUGGCUCCUAAUGUUGUUCUCUACACCUAUGCUCGCAAACCAAACUCCAUCAAAGUUGUUCGAACUCUAGAUACUCCUAUUGUCAUCAUGCCCAACAAUGUGGCGAUUUUUCCAAAAAUCCAGAAAAGUUUUCAGAACAAGGGAUUUGAAGAUUUUGCGAACUAUCUUACCACAUGUCCACUUUGUUACUAUCUUUCUGAUGUAGUUGAUCCUUUUUUUCCACAACAUGUUUUUGAGUUCUACUAUACUUCUACAUUCUCCAGUCCCGGAGUGAUUGUUGGCACAAUAGGAGAUGGUGAGUAUCCCAUCUCAAUGUCUGUGACGGAUGACCGAAUAACCUUACGUCUUCCAAGUCAAUAUGAAUACUUUCCUUUUCCCUCUAUGGAUGAAUUGCAUGUUGUACUUGAAAUUUUCGAUUAUUAUUUUGAUGCAUAA